GUCUUAUGUUCUUCACAUUUUUCUCGAUCACAUUGUAUCAUGUUAUUUCGGAAUUAUUGUUACUGUAUAUUAUAUGAAAAGGAAAUUAAUUUAAAAUUUAAUAAAAAUGUCCAAUUCUCUUGUACGAAAAGGACUUGAAUUGCUAGGAUACGAAAAGGGUAUAAAGCAAGAAAAAAAGAAAAGAAAGCACAUAAAAUAUAAGGGUACACUGGACCUGAUUCCUGCAAAACACAGGAUACUAUCUAAAAACGAUAAAACAGAUCUUGGCACAAUUCUCGGACGAUCAAGUAAAGUAACUGUUUAUGAAACACAAAAGAAGUUAGCUACGCGAGAAGACCCUACAGAUAAAAAUGUGCAAAGACUUCUGAUGCUUAGUACCAAUCGUAUUGAUCAAGAUACAGCAAACAAGUUAUUGGAUAGAGCUGUGAAGCAAAGGUAUAUUCCAAAGGCACGAAAACCUAAAGAAUCUGAAACCACUGCAUUUACUGAAGAAGAUUUUAAGAAGUUUGAGCAAGAAUAUGUGGAUCAGUAACCUGAAAAAACUUAAAAUGUCCACAAAGAAAUGGUUUGUACUUGGUAUUUCGGGUGCAACCU